AUGGGAGGGCAAUUAAGAUUAGCAUUUAGUGUUAAUAUGCCUCCCAAUUGCCCAAAUUUAGAAGCACGAGAGGAUGAUGAAUGGAUUGAGGAGCCCGUGGCCUAUGACACAGAUGUAGAAUAUGAUUAUUCUACAAUAAAAGAAGAUGUGACAUAUAAGAAGUUGCUUGAAGCUUCUGAGGAUAACUUAUUCGAGGGGUGUAUCAAUUUUUCAAAGUUAUCUUUUCUGUUACACUUGUUUCACUUGAAGUGUAUGAAUCACUGGUCCAUAGAAUCUUUCAAUAUGCUGUUGAAGCUAAGUCUAGAUGAAUUUCCUCAAAUACUUGAUUUUCCCUCUUCUUAUUAUUACAGUAAGAAAAUGAUAAAAGACUCGGGCCUUGGGUAUGAAAAGAUUGAUGCUUGUCCGAAUAAUUGCAUGUUGUAUUGGGGUGAAUGUUUAAAGAAAGACAAGUGUCAUGUUUGUGGUACAUCGAGGUGGACGAAAACUAAGGAUAGGGGCAACGUUGUAAGUGAUCAAGGUACGGAUACUUGUAAGAAAGGUGUGCCAGCUAAGGUAAUGCGAUAUUUCCCUCUUAUACCGAGAUUAAAAAGAAUCUACAUGUCAUCAGAAACAGCAGAAGAUAUGAGAUGGCAUGAUACAGAGCGAUUGGGUGAAGAUGAUAAGAAGAUUUUAAGGCAUCCUUCAGAUGGCUUAGCAUGGAAGGCAUUUGAUGAGCGUCACAGAGAUUUUGCAUUAGACCCUCGUAGUGUUCGAUUAGGUCUUGCGAGUGAUGAUUCCACGCCUUCUGAUAGAUUUGGGAGCAAGAUUUGCUAUUGUAGCUAUAGAAAAUGGUUACCUGCAGAUCACCCAUAUCGAUGUCAAGGUGACAAGUUUUGUGAGAAGUUUAGAACUAAUGAGUGGGGUAAAGCCCCAUCUCUUCCUAGCGGCACUGAUAUAUUGAGGCAGCAAGAAAAGGUGAAGCAUGUUUACGGAAAGUCGAAGGCACCACCGAAAAAGAGGCAUAGAGGACAUGAUGAUUACGAUGAUGUCCAAGAUGAAAGUGACUUUGGUACCAAGAGAAGCAUAUUCUUUGAUUUGGUGUAUUGGGAGCAUAAUCUUCUAAGGCAUAAUUUAGAUGUGAUGCACAUUGAGAAAAACGUGUCUGAGAAUAUUUUGGGAACUCUUCCUAGUAUUUAUAAGUGUAGAGAUAGUAGGAAUGAUCGAGAAGCCCUUGAAGCAUGGAGAAUAAAGUCUCACCUUUGGCUAAGUACUAAUCCUAACGGAGCUGAAUGCAUGCCUCCUGCUUCCUAUUCUAUGUCUACGAAGGAGAAGGAGAGGUUCCUAAAUGUUUUGCAGAAAAUUAAAGUUCCUGAUGGAUAUUGA